AUGUUCUCAUUUUAUUUUUUAUGUCUUUUAUUUGUUCAAAUAACAUUAGGAAUUGAAUUAGAAGAAAAAAUACAUAAAGAUGAAAGAUUUAAACGUGCAAUUUUAAAUAAAGACCUAUUACCUUUUGAUUCCCAUAUUUCUUAUUAUAUCGCAUACAAAAAACACUCUCAAAAAGUUAUUUCAGCUCUCAAUGAUCUUUCUAAUCAAACUUGUUUUGAUUUUGUGAAAUUAAAAAAUGAAUUUAAACAUAAAGGGAUGAUUUUUAAAACAUCUGAUUGUAAUUUAAUUGCUUCAGCAAAUGGUACCGAUGCACCUACAGUUAUUUAUUUAGAAACCACUUGUUCCAGUAAAAUUGGUUGUAUUAAACAUCAUAUUGGUCUUGCUUUAGGAUUGAUUCCUCAUCAAAACCGUUGGGACAGAAACAGUUAUGUAAAUAUUUUAUAUGAUAAUAUUGAAAAAGCAAAUGUUAAUGAAUACAAGAAGGUUAAAGGAUAUAGUGUUAAAAUAUUAAACACACCUUUUGAUUUUGGAUCAAUCAUGAAUUUUGAAAGAACUUAUUUUAGUGCAAAUGGAAAACCUACAUAUUCAUCUAAACUUAAUCCAGUAUAUGAUAAAAUGUUAGGACAACGAAAUGAUUUUUCAUUUAAUGAUAUCAAAUUACUUAAUGAUAUGUAUUGUGGUAAAAGAUGUCCAAAAAAAAUUAAAGGAUGUAUAAAUGGUGGUUAUCCAGAUCCAAAAAAUUGUGAUUCAUGUAAAUGCCCACCAGGAUAUCGUACAAAAUUAUGUGGAAUUCCUGAAGAUUCAACAGGUGAAUGCGGCGCAAAAAAACUUACAGCUAAAAAAGAAUAUCAAACAUUAUAUAUUAAAACAGAUAAAAUUUGUAAUCAUCUUAUAGUGUCAAAACCAGGAAGAAAAGUUGAAGUUGUAGUUGUUAAAGCUAAUAUAUUAAAGAGAAAAAUUUGUUCACAUGGAAAGGGUCUUGAAAUUAAACAUCGACAUAACAAAGGAGCUGUUGGUCUCUCUUUUUGUGGAUCAUAUAAGAAUGUUUCCGUAGAACCAAUAUCUAGUCAGGUUCUUGUAAGAUAUUAUGGAACAGAUGAUAGUAAUCAUUUUGCUGAAAUUAAAUAUAGAGAAGUAUAA